AAAUUAUACUAAUAAUAUAGAAAAGUGGGCCCUUUGGGCUCAUCAACAUUCUUUCUUGUUGCUGCAGAUUACUACAACAAAUCCUUUAGAGUUAUAUCAUAGUAAGCUCAACAAGACAACUUCAAAACAACAUGAAUUUAUUAAUUUAAUAUUUUUACAUCCUAUAAUAAUUAUUUCUUAG